CCACGUGACAUCGUUUGAACUAACACCAACGAUCUCUGCUAUAAAGUGGCCUACUCAACCCAGCAUUAGAUUUCCCUCUUCUCCCUCCCAAAUCUUCCUCCUGGCAGUGCAUGGGAGCUGUUGCCGUUGCUGCUGCUUUCUCUUCUCCUUCAUCAUUCCUCCUCCCUCACUGCUGUCUACCGCCAGUCCAAGGAACCCUGCUGCCUCCUUUGUUUCGCUGAUGGAACCUCCUUUAGCUGCCAUUCCUCUGCUGCUGACUGUUUACCGACUGUUCUUGCUGUUUCUUGGAGUGGAGGGGAGUGUGUUCACGUUCGUCAACAAGUGCGGGGAAACGGUUUGGCCGGGGAUCUUGUCCAACGCCGGCAGCCCGCAGCUGGAGUCCACCGGAUUUGAGCUCCCCGUCGCGUCGUCUCGCUCCUUCCAGGCCCCCGCCGGAUGGUCCGGCCGGUUCUGGGCGCGGACCGGCUGCUCCGCUUCUGCCGUCGGCGGCGGCGGCGCCGCCUGGUCCUGUGCCACCGGCGACUGCGGGUCCGGUCAGGUGGAGUGCAACGGCGCGGGCGCGGCCCCGCCCGCGACGCUCGCGGAGUUCACCCUCGCGCCAUCGUCGGCGGGGCGGGACUUCUACGACGUCAGCCUGGUGGACGGCUACAACCUGCCGAUGGUGGUGGCGGCGAGCGCGGGGGCGUGCGCGGCCACGGGGUGCGUCGUGGACCUGAACCGGAUGUGCCCCGCGGAGCUGCGAGCCGCGGAGGGGGAGGCGUGCCGGAGCGCCUGCGAGGCGUUCGGGACGCCGGAGUACUGCUGCAGCGGGGCGUUCGCCAGUCCGGCGACGUGCCAGCCGUCGGCGUACUCGCAGAUGUUCAAGGCGGCGUGCCCCAAGUCGUACAGCUACGCGUUCGACGAUCCCACCAGCACCUUCACCUGCGCCGGCGGAGCUGACUACACCAUCACAUUCUGCCCAGAGUCAGCACCAAGUUUCUUGUACUCGAACCACUUUCGCACUGUCACGAGAGAACUGAUCGAUUUCUUCCGUUGCUCCACCGAAAAACGACGCACAGCAGUCAGAAAGCAUCGACAGACUCCUACAGUAGUCCAACUCCAUACACAACUGCGACAUCGACGCCUACAGCAACCGGCGGGCUGAUGCUGGAAGACGACUCCUGGCUUGCAAGCAUGGCGACCGGCGACGCAAACACCGCGAGGAGGGCCGUCCCUUUCCUGCACCAAGCCUUAUUCAUUGUAGCCACCGCAAUGGCCUGUACACUACUUGUGCGAUAGCACAACGUGAAUGCUUGAUUCGAUUCCACGCCCCCUCCA